AGUUAUAAAUUUGGGGUUUGGUCAUUAUCAAGCAGUCAAAUUUUAUCUACUGCUGGGUUUAUGUCUUUUUAGAUUGUUCCAGUGUGUGUGUGCUUUGUGUUUUUUAGUGCAUGUGUCGAAUCUUCUCGACAUUCCUUCCUUUAUUCGGAAUAAUUAUUCAUAUUUAUAUUUAUUAAUCUGUUAAGUAUUCAUCGAUUCUGUAUAUUUUGAAUAACCAUCUACAGUCCUAUACACAUCUAAGUGCAAUUCAUAGCCAACAUGCAAUGUGUAUAUUGGUAUACUAUUUUCUUUGUGACUGUUAAUUAUUGUGCAAUCGCUGUGGCGGACCGUUUCCAUGGCUUUAAACGGCCUUGCAAAACUACCUCGCCUGAAUGUUUACGGCGCUCACUUCAGGCCGUUUUGCCUGAUUUUGUAAAAGGCAUUCCCGAGCUUGGAAUACCGUCUUUGGACCCUUUAAAGGUGCAAAAUAUUGACUUUGUACUGCCUGGAGGGAUAACUGUGGAAAUCAAAGAAGGUUUUACCAAAGGUCUUCGAAAAUGCCGGGUUGAUUCAGUACGGAAUAUCGGUGGGAACCAGUACGAAGUGAAAUUUCAUUGCAAUUUGCUUACGAAGGGUAAAUAUCGAUCAAAGGGGCAAUUUCUUAUGUUUCCUAUUGAUGGAGAAGGCGAAUCAAAAAUAAAAUGCAAAAAUUUGAAGGUAACCUGCACAUUCCGUAUAGUGACUACGACAAAACCAGACGGCACCCAACAUUUCCAAAUACAGGAUUUUAAAUCAAGUCACGAUUAUGAAGGCCGAGUUACUUUUCAUCUGACUAAUCUUUUCAAAGGGAAUCCGGAAAUCAGUCAAGCCGUUUUGAAAUUUUUAAAUGAAAACUGGCGGUCGGUGUCCGAAGAGUUUGGAGGUCCAUUCUUCGAAUAUGGCGUCAUAAGUAUCUUGAAUAAUAUCAAAAAAUUUCUAGAUAUUAUUCCCAUUGACCAACUCGAAGCAGUUUAGGUUUUUUCAUUAGAUUUAUAUAUAUUGUAUAAAAUUGGUAGGUAUGUACUUACUCUAUGUAUGAAUAUUUAUUUGAUCUGAAGGGAUAA